CGGGGAACGCGCAUGUGUCACUCCCUGACGUAAGCACUCACGGAGGCCGCGCGAAAUGCCCUUUCAACUUGCUUCUUGUCGUCGUCCGAAUUGCGCAAAUGGGUGCAAACAUUGUCACCUACAGUUUCACCGGCUACCCGUAAAAAAAACGCAUAGAUAUCUUCCCCCAACGCGUUUGAACUUGCAAAGAUGAAUAUGAAAUCGGUCCGGAGGGCAAAGGCGGGCCCGGAGACCUCCGUACUCGGCGGCCGUACAGCAUCCAUGCACUCACUCCGCGACGCACUCAACGACGAAGGCGGCGGUGGCGGCGGGGAAGACUGGCUUCCACCAAAAGUCCUUUUAAAACCCCCCGGCCAACUUACCCUCACCGAAGCCGAGCUGAACGAAGAGCUCACGCGCAUCCUGAAUGCCAACAACCCGCACGCGCCGCAGAACAUCGCGAGGUUCAAUUUCAGGGAGAAGGUCUUCAAGGCGAGCCCGAAUGUGGACCAUUUGGUCGUGCAUUUUGAGUUUGAUGGAUUCUUAACCUUCAAAACCACCGACGAAACCGCCCCACCCGCCGAAGCACCCACUACAACAUCCACAACCGACACGUCCACCACCGCCGACGGCACAACAACAACAUCAACAGAAGCAGGCACAGGCACGGAAGACGAGAAGGCGGCAGAGGAAGCGAAGGCGAAAGAGGAGGAUGAUAAGAAGCCGAAGGGACCGUUGAGGAAUCAGUUCAAUUUCAGUGAGCGGGCGGCGCAGACUAUCAAUAAUCCAUACCGGGACCGCUCAACAAACACCGAACCACCACCGCAACGCACAUUCUCCGACACAGUCACACAAUGGUCCAUCUUCGACGCAUACAUGGAAGACCAGCAACAAAAGGAGCGGGCGAAAGUAAAGGCCCCAGCACCAACCCCCCACAAAUCCGCCAAAGAAGAAGACAAGAACCUCCUGCCGACCGAAACACACACCGAAGACGUGUACUACAAAAACACAGAGCUGCGGAAAGCAUUGAUAGUUGUUGAACGCAUGGCGAACCAGAACACGUUUGAUGAGAUUGCGCAGGACUAUAAGUUUUAUGAGGAUGCGAUGGAUGACAUGAAUCCUGGGAAGGGCACCCUUCUGCCUCUCUGGAAAUUCAUCCACGAAAAAGAAAAGCGCAAACAAGUGACAUCUCUCGGUUGGAACAGUCGCUUCCCCGAUUUCUUCGCGGUCGGGUACGGGUCGUAUGAUUUCUCACGGCAAGGACCCGGGAUGGUCGCGGGGUUCACGUUGAAGAAUCCGAGUUAUCCCGAGUUUCUGUUUGUGACUGAGAGUGGGGUUAUGAGUUUGGAUUUCCAUCCGCAGCAUCAUUCCAUGCUUGCCGUGGGACUCUACGACGGAUCCGUGGCGGUAUACAGCAUGCAAGAGCAAUCCGAGGCCCCGCUGUUCAAGUCGCCUGGAAAGGGCGGGAAGCAUACCGAUCCGGUGUGGCAGGUGUCAUGGCAGAAAGACGACCUGGACGGCAACGCCAACUUCUUCUCCAUCUCCACCGACGGCCGGGUUAUGCAGUGGACGUUGCUCAAGACCGAGCUGGCAUACACCGACGUAAUAAAACUCAAAAUCGACCUACAACCCUCCCCCACAUCCGGCGACGUAACCACCAACGACGAAGAGCUGUUCGGCCUUGCAGGUGGCAGCUGUUUCGAUUUCCACAAGAAAUUGGACCAUCUCUUUGUCGUCGGCACCGAGGAAGGGAAGAUCUUCAAAUGCUCGAAGGAGUAUAACAACCAGUUUUUGAUGAGUUUUGAGGGCCACCAAAUGUCAGUCUACGCCGUGCGCUACAACCACUUCCAGCACAACAUCUUCCUCUCCGCGUCGGCGGACUGGACGGUGAAGCUGUGGGACCACGACUCGAAUAAGCCGAUCAUGACGUUUGAUCUGGGGAGCAGCGUGGGGGAUAUCGCGUGGGCGCCGUACUCAAGUACCGUGUUUGCGGCUGCGACGGCGGAUGGGAAGGUCUGCGUCUUCGACCUCAACGAAAACAAAUACGAGCCCAUCUGCGAGCAACAAGUGAUCCGCAAAGCCAAACUCACCCACAUCGCCUUCAAUCCGUUCGAACCCAUCCUGCUCGUCGGCGACGACAAGGGGCAGGUGAUCAGCUUCAAGCUUUCGCCGAACCUGAGGAAGAAGGCGAAGCAGGGGGCGGAUGAUGAGGCGACCAAGUUGAAGAACAUUUUGUUGAUUGCCCAGGGGCAGUCGCCGACGGAUUAGCCAUUGGGGAGGUGGUUCUUUUUUUUUUUUUGCAUAUUGUGGGACUUCAGUUUUUUUUGUUUCUUUUUGGAUGAUUUUGGAGAGGAAUAUGACUUCCUGCUUUUUUUUUUUUGGAAGAUGAUGAGACGUUCAAGCUGGCUCUCAGUGAUUGGGAUAGUGUGUAUUUGAAUUCGAAAGCGUCCGGACGAUGGUUGAUACGCCAUAACAUUACGAUACGCC